AUGGAAGGAUUCAAAGACUCGCAAUCGUUUGGAAAAACGACUAUGCUUGACUCAACCAACUAUGGGCAUUGGAAAGUGAAGAUCAGCUCUUAUAUUCGUGGCCUUGAUGAAGAUACGUGGAGUGCUGUCACUGAUGGAUGGACUCGACCAACUGACGUUGUUGACGGAACCAUAGUGAUGAAGCCAAAAAUUCAAUGGACAGCUCAAGAAAAAAAGGAAUCGGCUAUGAAUCAGAAAGCGUUAUCAAUCAUUUUCAGCAGUGUCAGUCCUGAAGAAUUUGAACAAAUACAAGGAUGUGAAACGGCGAAGGAUGCCUGGGAUACUCUGGAACUUAUUCAUGAAGGAACUUCCAAAGUAAAAAGGAACAGACUGGAUAUGAUUGAUCUACAGUUUGAACGCCUGAGGAUGGGAGAUGAUGAGAGCGUGAAGGAAUUCUGUGGAAAAUUGAGUGCAUUGUCAAAUGAGGCAAGUGUACUUGGGAGAAAGAUUACCAACGACAAGCUGGUGAAGAAACUUCUGAACAGUUUGCCAGCUAAGUAUCAUUCGCAGAUCCUUGUCUUUGAAGGAGUAAACAACUUGGAUACUGUUACAUUCAAGGAAGCUGUAGGUACCUUUGCUGCACAUGAACUGAGAUUGCAACUAAUGAAUGGAGGAUCAUCUGCUCAUGCAAAAAGAGGAGUGGCAUUACAUGUACCUGAAACAAAAACAAAUGAAGCAGAAGUCAAACUUCCAGUGAAAAACAAGAAGCUAACUGAAGAAGAAUUGCAUGAUCAAAUGUCACUUGUUGUCAGAAAUUUCAACAAGUUCUUCAAAGGGAGGAAGAAAUUUGGGAAUCAAAAUGAUCGAGAAUCUGGAAAGUGUUUGGAGUGCAAAGGUACGGGACAUUGGAAGGCAGAAUGUCCAAGUAUUGCAAAAAGAGAAAGUGUUUUGAAAACCCUCAAAGAAACUCAGUGUUUUGAAUGCAAAGGUUUCGGUCACACGAAAGUAGAAUGCCUCAAGCGCAAAGGGAAGUCCUUAAUCACUCAUGAAGAGGAUAUCUCGAGUACUGAGAGCGAUAGUGACGAAGAAGAACUGUCAAAUUUUGUGGCAUUUCUAGGAGUGAUAGAAGAAGAAGCUGAUCAAGAUGCAAACAGUGAUGAUGAGGAGAUUACUGAGGAACAUCUUUUCAAAGAUAUGACCAAACUGGUGGAUAUGAACAAGCAACUCAUAAUUGAGAAACGACAGUUGGAGCAAGAACUCAGUCAAGUCCAACAACAACUGAGAGACACCAAACAGAAAUUGCUUCAGAAAGAAGAGGAGGCGUCCAAUAUGAAAUGUCAAUUGGAAGGAACCAAGAAGAAUAUUCAUCUUCUUGGUAAUGGAACUGGGAAGCUUGAUCACUUACUUGGCAUAGGACGAAACUUUGGUGAUCGGUCCGGACUUGGUUAUCUGGGUAAGAUACAAACUACUCCAAAGUUUGUGUCUGGAGGAAAUCUGAAUCAAGAAGCUCCUUCCUCAAUGAUCAGGAGUUCUGGAUCAAAACACUUUUCGAACAAUGCUACAAGACGCAUACGAGCAGAGAAUCGGAUAUGCUAUCACUGUGGCAAGGAAGGACACAUUCGACGGAACUGUUUCUCCCUACACAGAAACAAGAAUGCCUAUAGGUAUACAUCACCACACCAUUACUAUCCCACUUGGAAUCUCAGAUGGGUUAAAAAAUCGGAUAUCAGGUGCAAUGUUGCGUAUACUUCGGAGCAAAACAACAGUGCAGGGAUCUGGUAUUUUGAUAGUGGCUGUUCUAGACACAUGACAGGAAAUCAAGAUCUGCUGAAAGACUUUGAAGAGGUUCAGAAAGGAGGAAGUGUAACUUUCGGGGAUGGUAAACAAGGAAAAAUACUGGGCAAAGGAACACUUAAUCAAACUGGUCUUCCAAGAUUGCAUGAUGUCAAGGUUGUACAAGGUCUAAAAGCAAAUCUUAUCAGCAUUAGUCAACUCUGCGACAAUGGAAUGCGAGUCAAGUUUACAAAGAAUGCAUGCUUUGUGAUGGAUACAGACAACAAGUGCAUUGAUAAUAAGGUUGAGAGCUUUUGUACGGGAAACACUGGUGAGAGUGAUCUGAGAGAAAGUGAGAUAUACUUAAGGGGGAGCCUUGAAAUAACAGGAGAACCUCUUAUUGGGCCUAGACGAGGUCUGGGAUAA